AUGCCAAGGAAAAAGGCUUUGAGUGGUAGACAGAAUCGUCUUAAAGACAAGAUUCGUAAGAGGGAGAAGAGGCAGAAGCAGGCCCUUCCCUUGUCAGAUGUCCCACCAGAUGAUACAGAAGCAGAAGCUGAUGUCUCUUGCUGGACAGUAGAUGGGGCUGUUACAGCUCCACCCGGUAAUUUUCCGGGGCAAGGCUUUAUAGGGUUGCCGCCUAUUGAGGAAAAACCCUUGGCCAGGUUGCAGGCCUCUCUUCGUGAGAAAAUGCAACCAACUGCCCUGAGUAACGCAUCUUCUCAGGGAAGUCGUCUGUGUGCCCGAAACGGAGGCAUGGCACCGUCCCCUGACUCCCCACCGUGGGUUUGUACCUCGCCGAGGGUACCUGAGCCGGACACCGUGCACGUGUCUGGCUCAGCAGGUCAGGCGCAGCUGGAUAUGUCAUCCUCUAAGGGGGAUGAGUCCAGCAGGAUAUUGAUUGAUGCAAACCAGAGUAAAAGAACGAGAUCUAAAAGGAAUACUAAAAGGAAUUUACAUGAUGAAAAUGAGAAUUUGUACAAUGUAUAUGAGAACAGUAAAUCAGAAUGUAGAAUUCCAAGACCUUGUGAUGGUGGACCAGCUAAUGAUUGCAUUGGUGAUAGCAGACCAGAAACAUCUAUCAAGGUAUCAGUUCAAGGUUCUUUUCAUCAGGGUAACUUGAUGUUUGGUGAAAAUGCAGGAACACAAUGUGUUGCCAACUCCUUAGCAGCAUUAGCAUAUCAUAAAAUUAAAAACUCAAAACAAUGGCAAACUUCAGAUAUGAAUAAAGUGUUAACAACAGGCGAUGAGCUUUACACAUACUUGCAGCGUAGUUCAACCAUUGUUAGUAGAUAUCUUUUAGUUGAUGAGUUGCCACAAUUUUUUGAGUGUUUUGAUACAAUGUUUGAGUUCAAAGCACAUGAACCUUUAUGCAGUCUGAUAAAUUUGUCUGAUGUAGAGCCAAAUUAUGAGGAAUUUAAUGCGCAUUCACUGUUAGAUGCACUGGAGAUUGCUCUUGGAGAUUCAAGUGGGUGUUUUGUGUGUUUCAGGGGAAAUACAUUUUUGGUGGGAAAAACAGAAGAUGGUUAUUUUACAUUUGAUUCACAUUCAAGAUCAUCAUCAGGGUGUAUGAGUUUAAAUGGAAAGAGUACAAGGAUACUAUAUCAAUCAGUUUACAACAUUUACAAUCACAUACUGUCAUUAGCAUUGUCAAUGGGAUUUUCUGGAAUUACUGAUUGUGAAAUAACAAGUGUGGAUUGUUCAGUGAGGCACUUUGCAUCUACUGAUAAAACUGAGCGCCUAGAAAUCAUAGAGAAAAAUGAAGAGCAAAAUUUGACAUUCCAAGAAAAUGCAAACAUCUCUAUUGUACAUACUGAGUCAGUUGAGGAUGAUGAUGUUGAGUUUGUUUACAGUGAAAGUCAAAACAUUAGAUUUUGUCCAAUAUCUCAAGGUAUGAAAGAACAACUUUGUCAGAUAAUGGGAAUUCCACAUACAAAUACAAUUGAUAAUGAUGUACAAUAUUGUCAUGUUCAAGAAGUGGGUGCACCGCUUGAGUGUGUUGAAAUUCAAAGGGAUGGUAAUUGUUUCUUCAGGGCUAUUUCAUUUUGUUUGACUGGAGUGGAGAAUUAUCACUUAGCAAUUCGAUCAGCAGUGUGUCAACACCUUCUCCACAAUAGUAUAUUGUUCAAACCUUUUGUUAGACAUGCAGAAAGUUCUGUAGAAAAUCAUUUUUCUCGAACAAAGAUGUCAAAUGAUGGUUCAUGGGCAACUGAACUAGAAAUAAUGGCUGUUUGUCAUCUAUUGAGUAUUGAUAUACACACAUAUACAGAAAAUCAUUGGAUUACAUACUCAAGACGAUUGAUGGAACCUUCUACAAAUACUCAGUCCAUAGGAUCCAUUUAUCUAGAUCAUGAGAAUCUGAAUCAUUAUAAUGUAGUGCUGACAGUUGCUGAGAAUGAAACAAUUGGUUCCGUAAAAACACGCACUGGUAAUGAGAGAUACAGGAAAAGAUGCAGAAAUCGAAACCGCAUGAGGAAUGUACGUGUCAGUUCUUCAACAAAAAAUUUAACCAAAGAUCAUGAAUUGAAACUAAAGAAUGUAAAUUGUAAGGAAAAGAAAUUAAGAUCAAAGAGACUUAAGUACAAGACUGAUUUGAAAUUUAGAUUAAAGGCAAUAGCAGAUGGAAAAGAUAGAUAUAGAUGUGAUGAAAUUUACCAAGCAAAAGCAAAAGAAAGGAGUGUGGAAAAAUACUCUUUGGAUACAGAACACAAGUUGAAACUGAAGGAGGCAAACAAAAGAAAGUAUAAAACUGAUGAAUGUCAUAAUCAAUAUAUGAAGAAAAGAAGCAUUGAGAAAUAUAGUUCAAAUGAAGUGCAUAGAGAGAGUGUAAAAGAGAGAAGUACAGAGAAAUACAAGAAUGAUGAACUGCACAGAAUGGAUGUUAGGCAACGAAGUACAGAGAAGUACAAGAAUGAUGAAGUACACCAAAUGGAUGUUAGGCAAAGAAGUAAAGAGAAGUACAAGAAUGAUGAAGUACACCGAAUGGAUGUUAAGCAACGAAGUACAGAGAAGUACAAGAAUGAUGAACUGCACAGAAUGGAUGUUAGGCAACGAAGUACAGAGAAGUACAAGAAUGAUGAAGAACAUAAACAGAAGGUAAAGACUGCUAAUAAAAUGAAAUAUCAUUUCAGUGCUGAUGACAAAAAGAAGAAGAAAGAGGCAGUUUUUAAUCAGAGACAAAAACUGAGAGUAAAGCUUGAAGAUGAAGAAGAAGUUUUGACAUUUUUUAGGGAAAGUGUAAGAAAUGGUCCAGAAUACACAUGUUGCUGUUGUCAUCGUUUAUUGUUUGAACACCAAGUUCAAGGAUGCACUCUUGAAAUGUACAAAGAAAGACAUCAAGCACAUGAACUUGCAAAGGCAUGUAUACAGGAGAAAUACUGUCAUGAGUGUACAUUGUCUUGUCCAAAGCAUUGCCCACAGUCAUCAUUGUGGAUAUGUUUUACUUGUCAUAGGAAAAUAUUAAGUGGUAAUCUUCCAGCAGAGGCAGCUGUAAAUAAAAUGUCACUGGAGGAAAUUCCUAAUGAUCUAGCCAAUUUAAACAGUUUGGAGCAACAUUUAAUUGCUCUACAUAUCCCUUUUAUGAAAGUGAUGGCUCUUCCACAAGGUGGUCAAAGAAAUGUACAUGGGCCUGUUGUUUGUGUGCCAUCAAAUAUAAAAAAGGCAACAAGUUUACCAAGAAGUUACGAUGACAAUCUCUUAUUAAGAGUUAAACUGAAACGCAAACUAGCUUACAAGGGAUAUUUUGAAUACCAAUUUGUCAAUCCAAAUCACAUAAAGAUGGCUCUUGAUUAUUUAAAGAAAAAAAACAAAUGGUAUCAGGAUGUUGAAAUCAAUACCAAUUGGGCGGGAAAUAGUGACCAAAAUGAUUUGCUACCAAAAGAGACCAUUGACCAAGACCAAGAGAAAUUUGAAGACGAGGAAAUGAAAGAAGGUGAGAUUGAUCAGAGUACAGAGGUUGUUACUGAUACAUGCUUACAGCCUGUGGAUGUUGCGCAAGAAGUUCUCGAUCAUUACUUUGAUGACAUUUACAAUAUAGCACCAAGUGAAGGGAAAAAUCCAAUUCGAAUGUUGCAAGAAGAAGGUAACGAAGCAAAGACUUUUACACAUUUAUUUCCAAGUGGAAACUUUUCUUGGAAUGAAAAUCGAGAUGUAAAGAUAACCCUAUCAAGGUAUUUUAACAACAGACUUAUGAAUGCAGAUAACAGAUUUGCUAAAGACACAAAUUACAUUUUCUUCUCUCAAUACAUGUCUGAAUUGAACCAAGUAAUCGAGAAAACACAAAUUUCAAUCCGAAAGUCUUUAUCAAAGCUUGAUAAUGGAAAAGCAAUGACAGCUGAAAUGUUACAGAAUCCAGAUGUUCUGUCUAAUCUCCUUAAGAAUAAUGAGGCUUUACGCUUUAUGCAACCUAUUCGAGGAACUCCUGCAUAUUGGUCAGCUACUCAGAAAGAUCUUUUUGCCAUGCUUCGACAACUAGGAAUUCCAACUUGGUUUUGUUCAUUUUCGGCGGCUGAGUUCAGGUGGAAUGAAAUUAUUGGAUCAAUAUUGCAUCAUGAUAAUGAUCCUAGAUCCCCUUCUGAUUUAGACUGGUCAGAGAAAAGUGAAAUUUUGAGAAGCAAUCCAGUAACUGUGGCAAGAAUGUUUGAACAUAGAUUCCAUAUGUUUCAAAGGCAUGUAAUUUUGUCACCAUCAAAACCAAUAGGGAAUGUUAUUGAUUAUUUUGUGAGAGUAGAAUUUCAACAAAGGGGUUCUCCACACAUGCACUGUUUGUACUGGGUUGAGAAUGCACCGAAAUUUGACGAAGACAAUGAGGAAACUGUUUGUGAUUUCAUUGAUAGAUAUAUCACAUGUGGUUUACCUUGUGAAAAUGAUGAUGCAGAGCUUCGAGGUAUUGUUCUAGAUGUUCAACAACACAGCAAGAGUCACUCAAAAUCAUGUAGGAAAAAGGGAACAGAUUGUAGGUUUCACUUUCCAAGACCACCAUCAGAAAGAACAUUUAUUACAAGGCAAUGUGAAAAAGAUGUUGAGGACUGUGAGAAUGGCAAAGGGUUGAGUAAAUCUCAAGCAAAAGAUAUUCUGUUACGUGUUUGGAAUGAAGUUCUUGAUGAUAUGAAUGGAUGCAAAACAACAGAGGAAAUAUUCUCCAAUAUACAAUUAUCUCAAGAUAUUUAUGAAGAAGCACAUAGGGUAUUAUCUGCAAAUUUAACUACUAUCUUGAAACGAAAUCCAGAUGAAAUGUGGACAAACCAGUACAACGCAUGCCUUCUGAAAUGCUGGGAUGCAAAUAUGGACAUACAGUAUAUCCUUGAUCCAUUCAGCUGCAUUGUGUAUAUAAUUUCAUACAUUUCAAAGUCAGAACGGGAAAUGGGAAUGCUGUUGAAACAAACGCAAGUAGAAUCUGCAGAAGGAAACUUAAGUGCUCGUCAAACGAUGAAGAAAAUUGGAUCAGCUUAUCUCAAUCAUAGAGAAGUAAGUGCCCAAGAAGCAGUAUACAGAAUCUGCAAUCUAAAAAUGAAAGAGAGUUCUAGAAAAGUUGUUUUUGUUCCUGUUGGUGAAAAUCCAACUCGACUGAGUAAACCUCUUUCACAAAUAAAAAGUGUACAAAAUGGUGAAAUUGAUAUGGAAGAUGAAGAUGACAGCAUUUGGAUGACAAAUAUAGUGGAAAGAUAUGAAAGUCGUCCAGAUUUACUUCCUUUUCCUGAAAUGUGUCUUGCAGAAUUUUGCUCCGAGUAUCGUGUUCUUGCAAAAUCUCAGAUUCCCCAUGGAGAAAAAGAAGGCGUUUAUAAAUUAAAGAAAGGUCAUGGUUACAUUCAGAAAAGAACAAGAGCUAAGCCAGCUGUAGUAAGAUAUCCCAGAUUCAAUCCAGAAAAUGCACCAGAAAAGUAUUUUCAAUCAAUACUGCAACUUUUCCUUCCGUAUUGGACUCAAGAUCAACUGAAACCGCAUGGAUUUGACUUUUAUCAGACAUUUUUUGAAAAUGGGUUUGUGAGAAUAGGAAGUGAAAACAGGUUGCAAUCUGUCAGAAGUGUAGUUGAAAAAAAUAGAGUAAUAUUCUCAAAGAAUGAAGAUGCCCUUGAAAAUGCGCAAGAAACUUUAGAAAUUUAUGGCGAACCUGAAGAUGCUUGGGCUAACCUGUGCCCAGAAACUGAAAAGAAUCGCGAAGAAUGUCUUAACGAAAAGAGGAGAACAGAAAAAUCAGAAAAUAGAGAACCAGAAGUCACUCAUGAAAUUGAACAUGACAACUUGGCUGGGAAGAAAAUAGAACCAUUACAUAUUUUUGUGACUGGAGGUGCAGGGACAGGAAAAAGCCAUCUGAUUAAGACUAUUCAGUAUGAAGCCUCGAGACUUUUAGAGAAAACGAUUUCGUCUCCUUCAGAUUUGUCUGUUCUUCUAACAGCUUUUACAGGAACCGCAGCUUUUAAUAUUGGGGGAAGCACAAUUCAUCACGCAUUUUCCUUAAAUAAAGCUCUACGCAUUCCAUACGAACCUCUGCAAGAACAAAGUUUAAGUGCAAUGAGGUCAAGGUUAGCUUCUUUGCAGAUUUUAAUCAUUGAUGAAGUAUCUAUGGUUUACAAGCGACUCUUGUACUACGUUCACGAACGCCUGGUGCAAAUCAAAAAAUGCAGGGAACCCUUUGGUGGUAUUUCAGUUAUAGCUGUUGGAGAUUUUUACCAACUACCUCCUGUGAAACAACGAAAGGUGGAAAUAUUGUACGAAGAAAAUGGUGAAUAUCCUGUAGAUUACUGGUUAGACUUCUUCAAAAUCGUUGAGUUGGAGGAAAUAAUGAGACAACGCGACGACGCUGCAUUUGCUUCAGUUUUGAAUUCACUGAGGAUUCGAACAAUAGAGGAACCACUAUCGGAAGAGGCAAUAUCAAUGUUAAAAGAAUGCAUUAGGAAAGGACCAGAUGAAGCACUUCAUGUAUAUCCUACAAACGAAGAAACAAAUGAACAUAAUCUGAAGAUGCUGCGAUCAAACUGUGGAGAAUUGAUAGAGAUUGCUGCUGAAGAUUAUCAGAAAGACAAUACUACUGGAAAGUUGACUCUACGUGAGAAACCCUUCAUAAGGACAAGAACAGAUGGGCUCUCUGCUUCUUUACUUUUUUCAAUAAAUGCAAGAGUAAUGCUGACGAGAAAUAUCAAUGUCGAAGAUGGACUUGUAAAUGGUGCAAUGGGGCAUAUUUCAGAUUUUGAGUAUGGAGAAGCUCAGCAAAUUAACAGAGUAGAAGGAAUUAGAAUAAUUUUUGAUAGUGAGGAUGUUGGAAGACUGCAAGGAAAAAAGACAAGCCAUGGAAAUGAGGUAUUGAUUCAAAGAUUACAAGAAGACAUCAAGGAGAAAAAUACAAAGAAUGUUGUUCGUCACCAGUUUCCUUUGAAACUUGCAUGGGCAUGUACAGCACAUAAAGUUCAAGGCAUGACAAUAAAUAGAGUUGUUGUAAAUUUAGACCGCACUUUCGCCCCAGGACAGGCAUACGUUGCAAUAAGCCGUGUCACUUCACAAAAUGGUUUAUUCAUAGAAACAAAAGAUGAAAAUGCAUUGCUAAAGAAAAUUUACGCUAAUCCAGACAUAAAAUCAGCACUGCUAAAGAUGGAAAAAUUAAUCCCCAAAGACGUUUGUCCGCAAUGCUGCACUGAAAAGGGAAGUUUCAUAACAAUUGUCCUGCUUAAUGUGCAGAGUUUAAGGGGACAUAUUCUAGACCUAAAAAGUGAUACCAGAUUGCUCCAAGCAGACUUUAUAUGUCUUACAGAAACAUGGCUGAUGGACAAUGAGAGUAUGAAGGACUUCGAAAUUCAGGACUUUGAAUUCAACCACACCACAAGAAAGCAGUCAUACGAUGAAAGUAUGAAUGGUUUUGCUAAACUUAGAUCAGCCAAAGGAGGAGGUGUCGGUAUUUACAAGAAGAAAAAGGAAAACGCUCUAGUUUGUGAUUUACCUGAAAAAAAUAUUGAGGGAAUGGCUAUAGAGCUUUACGAGGAAAACACUGUAAUCAUAGUUGUAUAUCGACCAAGUGUUCUCAGUAUCAGAUGCUUUCUUGAUGGUCUAAAAAAGAUUGUAGACUUUUUCAAGGUACGGUAUUCCCACUGCAUUGUACUUGGAGAUUUUAAUGAAGAUGCACAAUUUGAUGGACCGAUUCAAAGAAUGUUCGAGAUUAGUGGAUUUCUACAGAAAGUACACUUUGCAACAACAGAGGGCAAUACUAUACUAGAUCAUGUAUAUAUCACAGAACAGAUGGAAACAAGUGUAGAGGUCAUGCCAGUUUAUUAUAGCUAUCAUAAGGCUGUGAUAGUGAAUUUAAAACAACACUAA